AGUCACAAUUGUGACAAAAUCAGAAAGCAAGAUGGAGGCACCAAAGAAACAAGAACAGAAGAAGGUGACGAUUGUGACUGAGGAUAAAAACAGUGAUUCUGACUCCAGCAUGCCUAAAUGGAAACGGGAAGCACGUGAGAGGAUGCAGAAAAGAAAGAUGUCUGGCGGCAACAUCGUUCCAAUGAGGUCACCCAAAGAUACGAUAGAGACAAGUAAUAACAACACUCCACUAUGGAAGAAAGAGCUGGUGGAAAAGAGGAAGCUAUUUCCUAAGAUGCCCUCGCUUGACAACGAAGAGAAAGGAUCUGUUGAGUCACAGAAGUCAGAAAAAGUGCUUAAGAGACAUACCAUUGCAGCAGAGGUUCCAACGAUCAGCGUACCUGCAGGUCAUAAAAUGGGCACUCCAACAUGGAAACAAGAACUAGAGAAGAAGAAUGCUCGUCUGGCCAAACAUCUAGCGGUGAAGGAUGCAGGUCCUGAGAUCAAGCCUCCUAUUGAUGGUGUUAAACAGCAGCCUGUUCCUGAGCUCUCUUAAUGAACGAGACAAAGAUUAGAGUGAAGCAUCUUAUCCAGGGAUUCAGAAAGAACUAUUACACAAGGAGAGGAUGCAUGCAGGAUCAACCCUUGAAACGAAUAAUUGUCUGAUCCAGUUCUAAGUAGUGAAGUGUUACUUUGGCAUCUUCCAAAACUGAGAUAGGGGUGCAUAAUUGAGAUAUCUUAUAUGAUAUCUGUUUUUGAAAUAAUCCCCUGCUCUUAAACCUAUGAAAUUCAUGAAAUUUCUUUUGAUUCAUUCCUAAAAUUUCUUUUGAUUCAUUCCUGAAUGUUUGACUUCAUUCCUGACUGUUUGACUUCAUGUUUUGUGAAUUGUUUUAUGAUGUAAUGGAGAAAAUAAUUCUUACAAAAAAUGUGGAGAAACAUUGGAGAGACCAAAGCUAGCAAAUCGGAUUUCUUGACUGUAGAACAUUAGGAAACGUAUGAAACCUUGAUCAAAUGAACAUAAUCCAUGAGUUGUAGUUCUUUUAUGAUGAAUGGAGUGACAUCUUACUAUGUGAAGUCUGUACUCAGACUCUCAGAGACCUGUCAAAAUGCAGCCUGAUUGUUGGGCCCCCCUCUGUGGAUAAUGCAGUGUGCAUCUAUGCAGUGUGGUUUGGAAUAAAACUGAAGGUUGUGUGCUUUUAUAGCUUUCAAUGUUUAUGGGUCCAAAAUAUAAGCAUUUGUGGUUUAUAAACAUUAGGUAUGACAUCCUAUGGGCAUCAUUUAGAGCUCCACGUAUCGGUACAAGAGGAGAUUUGAGCAUUGCACAUCGUAUGUACAUAUAGAUGCACAAAUAUUACUUAGAAGUAGAAAAAUAUUAUAUCAAAAAGUGGUGUUGAAAAGAGAACAUGAAUGUUUGUUCUUUGUACAUUUUUUUCCUUUUCUUCUUCAGAGUUUCCUUUUUGGGAUGGUAAACAAGUUUCUAUUAGAUCCUAUUUUGUAUAUUUUCCUGUAAGUAUUUCAUUUUCUUAUUCUCAGUAGGUGUUGAAAUAUCCACAGGUUUUCUCUGCUGCCAAAGCUUUCAGAAGUUAAUAUAUGCAUGGUUCUAUUAUUGUCCUGCCAUUUAAUCCAUUGACAACUGAGUUAAAUGAUACUUAGAUUGAAAGUCAUUUGAAAGUCAUUUGAAAUGCGCAUUAGAAGAAAAUUAAUUACAUGUAGAGACCAAUGGGAUAACAUACCACUGCCUAAAACUGCACUAAAGUCGUUUGGGGCUUGAACAUGAUACACACACAGAUUUCCUGAUACUCCUCCUAUUGCUCUUACAUACUAAAUAAUCAUCAGGUGAAUGUUAGGUAGUCUGUAGUCUGUUUGUCUGUCUGUCUAUCUGUCUUGGUUUCCAUGUGAUCAUCAGUUAUAUGAUAUAUUCAUUACAUUCAGUACAUGUACAACAUGACAUAGCGAUGGAAUGACAGACAACAUCCGUCUUGAAGUGAAACAUUGAAUGACUCAUUUGCAUUCAUGUCCAAUUAUCUCUCUACCAUUCCUGUCUGUAUAUUUCCCCAUUGUCUGCUCUGUUCUCAUUGUGUAUCAGUUAACCGUUUAACCCUGUCUUGGUGUACCAUGCACAAGCACUAAAUCAAUUACUGCCAUUGUUAUUUUCUUGCUGAAUUUAUGAGUAAUGACAUGUAGGAAAGAUGUCAUCUCAGGUAACUAGAAGAAAUUUUGAACCCAUAUUUUAUGUUACCGCUCGCCCUCUCAAUCAUUCUUAUUUUGAAAGGAAAAUAUGUUUAGUCCUGUCUUAAUUGCAUGAGUUCAUGAUGUACAUGAACAAGAAGUGAAUACUCUGUUAAAUCUUGUUAUUUCAGAUAUCUGUUGUGUUUUGCCAAAGAGGAUACUUCACUCUGAUGUUCAUAAAAUUGUCCAAAUUGGAAAAAAGAGUGAUAAUGCAAUACUACUACAUCAUUUAGUAUGGGAGAACAUGAUUCCAUUCAUAUUUGGUUAAAACUUUGUCUGUAUGAGGUUGUUUACAAUUUGAGUAAACUUGAAUAAAUUGAAUUGAAUAGAGUGAACAAUGCUAACAUUGUAGAAUUAUAACGGAAGUCUGUAUUUACAGUCUUGAUAAGUUAGAUCUUCAAUGAAUUAGUGGAUCAAUGUGCUGUACAUACACAUAGAUUCAUGAGGACAGUUAAUUCAGUAUCUGUGUUUGGUAUCUGAAUAGUGCCUUUGUAAGAGAAUACAGGUAACAUGUAAGAUAUACUGUUGUUGGAGUCCUUUUAUAAAGACAGUAUGGAUAUAUUCUCUACAAUGUAAAUCUACUUCAACUUUGUUAAAAUAUCGUCACCAGUCACAGUGCCUUGGUGCAGUAUUUGUUCUUUAACCUUUUUGUGCGAGGUAUUUUAUUAGAAUUUUGUUUUUCUUUCUAUCAAUCCCUUAUUGCUCUGUCUAUAGAUAGUUCCAUUACCUGGUAUAUAUAUAUAUAUAUGUAUAAAGUCACUCUUUCUUUACAAAGCAGUUUAUUUUGUGAAAGAAAGGGCAUUUGCAUUGUUGAUUUUAUUCCAAUCUGUAUGCAGGCCAUUUUUGAAUUGUCUUUAAGGAUGUAUGUAUCCGAUAACAAGCUACAUGUACUAGCUUGUAGAAGAGAGAUAUUUUCGUAGAAACAAGACAAAAAGAGUCUAUGUAAGUGCACAUACAUGAAUUUUGUUUGAAAG